CCUGUGGUGAACAUUUUUAAAGUAUUUAAUACGAAAGAACAACGUGGUUUAAUAAUAAAAAGUUUCGUUCACACGCCUUUUUCAACCUUACUUUUACCUUUUCAUCUUUCAUCAAGCGUAGAUCGAUAACAACCACAAAAUGGGAUACCCGCGAUGGGAAGAUGUAUCCGUUAAGGUUCUACACCUAAAGUCCGAAGAGAUUUACCGCUUCUUUGUUCCCCGGCAUAUACCGAUAAAAGAUCUGUUUGCAAAGCUUGAGCAGAUUUACAAACUGAAGAAAAAUGAGUACAUUGUUUAUUAUCAAGACGAUGAAAAAAGCAAGGUCAACUUAGCCACUGAGGAUGACCUACAUUGUGCGCUAAACAGACGUCAAGCAAAAGACGGAAGAGGCGUGGAUUACGGCGGCAAGCCCAUAUACUUUAUGAGGCUAUUCAUAAAACCGAUUAGUCGAAAAGACAAGCAGAAGGAGGAGGAAGAAAAAAGGAAAAACGAACAGAACAAGGACGAAGGAGAAAAAAGGAAGACAAAGCUGAUUUGUUAUCUCUCUUCAGCCUAUAGUACAGUAUGAACUUCCUGUAUGUAUGUAUAAAGCAACGAGAUAUUCAGUUUGCUAUAACUUGAUUCGUGUGUUAAUGGCGAUUUGUAAUACUGCAUACAAGGUCAUUUCACAAAGUGUACUUAUACGCAUAGAACAGACCAUUCCACCAAGUUGUAAAAAUACAAUUUCUGCAGCACUGAUCGCAUCAAUGGACAUACAACAUUUGGCUUGUAAAUGACAAUAGCCAAGUUAUUAGCUUCAGGGAACUCUCCGGAUCUGCGUCAUAAA